AUGCAACACGAUGAUGCGUUGGAAGAUACAUUCUGGCAGUCCCUUAGCAUAGAUGAGGAGCAACUGUAUGAUGAAGCAGAAUUAGACGCCUUGGAAGAUAUGACUCGGGUGUCGUCGCAAGAGUUUCGCUUCUUUGUUGACGGCCAACGGUUCAAGGAAGAGGUGAGCAUCGAGUCUUUCGGUGAAGAAGAACAAGAAGAACUAGACGGCCCAAGACUGCAAACACAGGAGGAACAACCUAUCCCCCCUAAGAGCCUUAAGAGUGCUGAGCAGCCGUUCAGUUACAUGUCCUUUUCUCCCCAGGAGUCAGAGUCUCAGUCGUUUUUGGUGGAGAACAACACCGACGACAGCACCUGGUUUCAAUCUUUGGACGGAUGCAGUAGCUCGAUCGUGGUGCUAACUGACUGCGAAGAAGAUAUUUCGACGGGUAGUUCCAACACAAACUCGUCCCAGUCGACACUGCCCACUAGACCUCCUCCAGACGACGUUGGGUCUGUGCGCAGUGCUAGAUCCAGAUCCUCUAGCAGGGUGCGAAAGCGCUCCAAGAUCCACAUUACGACUACGGAAAGUGGAAGUGGCGCCAAGGACAACUCUCGAGCACCAAUAAAAGGCUCAAAAGGGAUCCCCUGUGACAACAGCAAGAGCAGCAACAUCUCGCCAGGUCGAAGACGAAUUCCUAGACCGAGCACGGGAGGCAAGAAAAUACCAUUGAGCAGCCGAAGUUCCAGCAGCAGCUACAGCAGCUAUAGAACGACUCAAAGCAACAGCCACAGAAGCCGCAAAACGGACCGAUCUAGUAGAAAUACAAGCGCACCCUCAAGUCCCAAGAGCCAGUUGAGUCAUUUGAGCUUCAGUAGUCGAACUGGGAAAACUACGAUCUCCAGUAGUGGCAGAGAUAGUAUUAUAUCCAGGACGAGUCAGCAAGGUACAAUCUCUACUAUCAGUGGAAAGGAGAGUCAUUUCUCGGAGAGUCAGGAAGGAAUCAACAACAAGAAAAAACAACUAGCCGUUGCAAUGCCUCGUCGUGUGGAUUCUAGGCUCGAAGAAGAGUCCCUACCAGCAACGGUCCUCGGAAAAUGGCAACGGCAAUGUGAAAGCCUUUGGGCUCCAGUCAUUUUUGGGCUCUGGGAGAACUUUGAAGGCAAGGAUGGCAAUCACGAUGAUGAUGCGACUCUUCAAACAUUCGACGAAGAGCUUUCCUAUGAGGACGAAGGCAAUGUCAACGUGCUGGUAGCCGUUCAGGCUACUGUUCUUGGCACCGAAUUUCCCGAAGCAUUGGAGCCGCCGAAGAGCAACAUACCAUAUGUCUGGGGCAACAACUUUGUCGGUGUUGUGCAGCCACCAAGGGGCUACACGGUACACAGUCGCAAAUUCCCUCCUGGUUCACGGGUUGCUUCAAUUUCUGCGUGGUCAGCUGCCGCGCAUAAGCCCUACAUUCCUUGCAAUUCUUCACACUUGUUGCCUGUCCCUCCCUUGGACGGUCUACAUUUGGAUAGCACGGAUGUGGCUGUCGUUGCAGCAGCGUAUCUACCAGCCUUUCAGGCGCUGCACCAUGGACAACGACACCAUAGACAAGAUGCAUACGACCAAGCUGCCUUUGAAGGGCAAAGAAUCCUCAUUCUCUCCCAUGGUCAUCACAAAUCCAGCACUCAUCAGGGUUUGGUAGAUGCUCGUGUGCAGGCUGCUGUGAGACUGGCUCUUUGGGCUGGCGCACGAGAUGUUCACGUGACGGUAGUCAAAGUUGGGAAUACAAAGAAGAACGUAUUCGGGAAUGAUUAUCGUGUUCGGCUGUUGGAUACGCCAUCAGAAGACUGGACUCCCAUGCUGAAACGUCGCAUCAACCUUGUUCUGGACUUCACUCCUGGAGGAUUCUCGUUUGACCGCACAGAGUCCACGCUGCAGAUUGUCGAAGAAGUCAUUGCACCAAAGGGGCGCUACGUGGGUUUUUUGGGUGAAGAUUGCUCCAGCCACGCUCUGGAUUGCCGUGAGGAAGGUCCUUUGGACCAUAAGAAGCAAUCUGUGUUAUUCGAAGGCCUUUCCUUUUUUCAAGGCAAGAAAGACUGCAAAAGCAACACAUUUCUACCAGAAGCCAGAGAUAUCAAUCAUGCAGUGCAGUGGACGACAAUCUGCAUGAAGUUGAAACGUGCAAGUUUGUUUGACUUUGUCUAUAACUGGAAGCAGGAUCGGCGAUUGGCAGAGCGGGACUUUAGUUUCUUACUCGAGGUUCUUGCGAAGCGACAAAUCCGUCCUUACAUUUCCAAGAUCUUAGACGUGAAUGAUUUCCCAGCCAUCAAUUCUUCUCAGCAUCCUCGGGGCAGUCGUUCCAUGAGCGGAGCAAUCGUUUGUGAGCCCUGGAGCCAGGUGAAGGACAUUGAUGACCUGUCCUGCUGCUCGGAUCUGAGCUAA